AUGCGCAUGAGACUCGAGAAGAAUGCGACGAUAGACGAUCAUAGGCGAAGACAGAUUGAGAUGGAAACGGAGAAACUCGAGGCAGUUCUGCAGAGGCUGCUGGACAUAGUGAAGUACCUCGCGAAGCAGAAUCAAGCAUUCCGAGGUCAUUUUGAGCAGCAGAAGUACGACUCCGAUUUUGGAGGAGACUCCAGUCGAGGGAACUUUUUGGAGCUUGUUCAUUUGGUAGCCAAGUACGAUCCGGUUUUGCGAGAGCACCUCGUAAGGGUCCAGCUGUCGAAAUCGAGGCAACUUACUUAUCUCUCGAACAGAACGCAGAACAAGUUCAUCGAAAAACUCGGUGAACGCGUUCGGCAAAAAAUAAUUGAGCGGGUCAAGACUGCCAAAUAUUUCACUAUGAUCUUCGACAGCACACCUGAUCUGUCGCACAAGGACCAAACGAGUCAGGUUCUGCGAUACGUCAUCUUGGACGGCAAGGAAGUCAAAGUGACGGAGUCUUUCGUCGGUUUUAUCGAAACAGAGAAAAAGGACGCGGCCGGCAUCACCUCCAUGAUACUGCAGAGUCUUGAGAAGGACGGUCUCGAUAUACAACACUGUAGAGGCCAGGCGUAUGAUAAUGCCGCCGUCAUGUCUGGACAUCGGUCAGGCGUUCAGAAGCGCAUCAGAGAUAUAAAUCCGGGAGCAGAAUUUGUUGCUUGCAGCAAUCAUUCUCUGAACUUGGCCGGGGUCCACGCAGCUUCGGCAUCAGUCAGAUCCGUGUCAUUUUUCGGGGUAAUUGAGAAGCUGUUUUGUUUCUUCUCCUCGUCGACUCAUCGCUGGAGUGCGCUGACCGCAGUAGCAGGAAGCCUCAAGCGGCUGAUCGAGACUCGAUGGAGUGCGAGAGGUGAUGCUGUUGGUUCAGUGAAGAAGCACUACCUUGGGAUCAUUGGUGUAUUGGAGAAGCUCACAACUGAAGUCGAGAACGCUGCAACCAGAGGUGACGCCGCUGUCUUGCUUGGGGCUCUGCAGACUCACCACUUCUUAGUCUUCCUGAAUUUGUGGGAUCCUGUUCUGAGAGAGAUCAACUCCACUCAAUGCUAUCUUCAGACGAAGGGGCUGGAUCUGCACCAGUGCGACUUGCGACUGAGAGCACUCGAGUUUUUCCUCACCCAGAACCGAGAUACGCUCGUCGAGGAAGCUCUGACGAUGGCGGAGAAAACGUGUGGAGAGCUAGAGAUUCCAUUAAGCAAACCUACGAGACGGAACGACGCUUCGCUAUCUUAUAGUCAAGAGAUACGACGCGACAUGUAUGCCUCAAUGGACAGGAUUACUCAAGAAGUCAAGUCGCGGUUCAAUCAGAUUCACUCGAUUGCCGAGAAAUAUGAAUUCCUGAUCCCGCGAAACCUUCUGAACGCUGACUACCUUUGUACUUUAGAGGAACAUUCAAAGGACAUCGACUUGGAACUUUUCGUAUUCGAAAGAGUUCGGCUUCAGACUCUUGUUGCGUCAGCCGACGACGAAGAACAAGCUCAAAUCAGGACAAAAGGUCCUUUCGAGCUCUUACAGUUCAUUCAGAGGUAUGCGCUUGGAAGCUCGUUGCCGAAUAUAGUGGUCCUGCUUCGAAUCUUCCUAACCCUAGCAAUCAGCGUCGCUUCCUGUGAAAGGAGCUUUUCUAAAUUAAAGCUGAUAAAAAAUCAUUUGCGAUCUACCAUGGGAGCCUCGCGUCUCAACAGUCUUGCGAUACUAUCUAUUGAGCAUAAGCUCACCGACGAGAUCGAUUUCGAAGAUGUCAUUCAGGAGUUUGCGGAAAACUAUGCCCGCUACUCAUCUAAUGAUAGAAGACUCAUUUGA